AUGAAAACCGAAACCUCAUCAAAUGGCUCCGUACCAGAGAUCAACUUGGAGAAACUACACAAGAUAGCCGCAGAGCUGCCAGGACGGCUCGUACUCAGACUGCUGAACGUUGCUCUGCUGUUUUUGACAAGCCUGCUGGCAAGAAUUUUAGGGAGCAGGCUUGUCAAGCACCAUCUCCACCUUCUGCUAUCUGCUUUGGUUCUGUUCGGGCCUGUGCUGAGUUUCUGGGCAUCCAAAUACAGUAUCUUCGCUAACAGGAACAACUACCUGUACAGGAAGUUCCUGCUGUCAGCCUGGGGCUGGACGUGCAUCUUCACCGGAUCCUUUGUCUUCCUCUUCUCUUUCUCAGCCUGUCGCUCCCUCUCUCUCUCCCUCCGCCACCUCUCUCGGAUAUUGGCUGUCGGCGGGCUGUGGCGGUGCUGUCGGCACCUGCUGACCCUGCUGGAGAACGCAGCAGGGACCUGCUACGAACCUGUGGCAGCGGCCCAGGAAGGCGGUCCGAUCCAGGGCUCCGGCUCCACAGGACAGCCCCUGCUGCUUCUUCACGAGGACCAGACCAAGACCUCCUGUCUCAGAGCAGGAAUGGUGUGGCGUGGCUAUGAGGUAUCGCAGGACACCCUCAUCCUCUGCUUGUGUUGCCUCUUGCUCGUUGAAGAAAUGUCUGUUUUUUGCCCUCGCCUGGCCCGAGUGAAGGCCCCGCAGAGGUUCUCAGAAGCCCCCCUGAGGACCAUCUUCCUCCUCUGCGUGCUCCUUCUGGCUCUGUGGAUGUUCCUGCUGUUGUGUCAGCUCACCUACUUUCCACAGUUCCCCUCCCAGCUGCUAGGGGGGGCUUUGGGUUACCUUGGAUGGAGAGUGCUUUAUCAGGGAUGGUUCAAAUUCAGACCUCACUGGGGCUGUCCUGGUUCACCUGGAGAGGGACUUCCAACCAACACAGACAUGGAUGUUCAUUAA